CUUACUUGAGUCUUAUAUUAUGUUCUUUGAAAGGAAGAAGAUUGAAAUAAAGAUUGUGAACAAGGAAGAAUGGCCAAGCCUGGCUUAUAGGUGCUCUAAGGAAUCUGUCCCAUGAGGUGCUGAGUAUACUGGACUUAGGAAUCUGGAGGCUUGGGUACGAGCUGCAGCACAGCCACCAGCCCACAGAACUCCGUGGCCUAAAGCGGCUGUUGAUGAGUGUGCUGCGAGAAGACCACGAGUGAUUGUGUGUGCACACUGCCUUCUUCUGUAUUCUUUUCUUCAGUGCUUCUUCACACACUCCUGGCAGAGGAAAGCCCUCGCAGGAAAGCCAAAGACAUCACAAUGGAAAAUUCUUUAUUGGUACCUCCAAAAGAUCAAGAUGAACCUAAAGUUUCUCCCUGGACAACACAGACUGGAAAAAAUUUACAGAAUAAAAUUCAGUUUAGGACUAUUGCCCCCAAAAUUACACCAAAAGUCCUAACGUCCCCAGUGCUGCCCUAUCAAUCACCAUCACUCUCUGAUCAAGUUCAUCCCACAUCCUCAGCAAAUUCUAGGCCUCUGGUGAUGCCACCCCAAAACUAUGCCCUGAUGCAAGUUGCUGGUCAGGAGGGAACCUUUUCUCUUGUUGCUUUGCCCCAUGUUACCCCCGCAGUGACAAGCCAACCCAUCCAGAAGCCCAAAAUAUCAUUGCCCAAAACCCUUAAAUUGCCUAUUCCUCGGUACCAACCUACAAGAAAUAAGAAGGUACCAGGGGUGGAAACUAUUCCAAACUCCUCUGUGAGUGUAAUUAAGAAGGUUCCAGCCAAUACACAAACAUGUGCCCAGCCAUCACCUUCAAUAACCAACCAUUCUGAACUUCAUACGAACAUUGAUUCAUCUGAACAUGUGAUAUUAAUAGAUCAGAUGCCAACUGAAAUCACAGUUACUGCUUUGCUUGAUGAAAGCAGCUGUGUAGAAUCUGGACCUCCACUGAUAAACAGACCUGAGGCAGGUGACACUGUUACUAUUCCAAAACCAUGGGUACCAGAGGAAACUUCAGCUGAGCUGAGUAAUUCAAUGAAAGUCAACCUAGACACAAAGACAAUAGCCAGAAAGCCCUCUGCCAUCAGUGGUGAGAAAAUCAAAGAAAGAGUAGCUGAUUCUGCAAAAGCCAUUACUGUUCUGUCCCCAGCGAUUUUUGGCAAUGCAGUUCAUCUGAUUCCUACAGCACCUAAAGGUAAACUUCCAAUCUUACCUUACUCAAGAAUGAAGACAACAAUGUUUUGUAAAACUAAGCCAAAUGCCAGCAUGGUAGGUCCCGCUUCUCCUUGGCACAGGCCCGACUGUGACAAAGUCUCAUCAUUUGCAAAAACCUUCAAUGUGUCCACCAAAACAUCUGAUAAGCUCUUUGCUGUUUCACUCACACAAGUGUCCAAGCCAGUGACCUGUGAAGAUGCCUUUUGCUCACCCACAAAGGUGGAAGUUGACAACAAAAAGAAAUUGAAUAGUGGAACAGCAAAGAGAAGAGGAAGAAAACGAAAGAUCCCAGAUGAAAUUUUGACUUUUCAGACAAAAAAGAGAAAAUGUAUCCUUGACACAUGUAGAGAUGGUAAAGAAAGAGUAAAAAUUGACCCCCAGGAGCCCAGAGACAGAAAAGCCAGCACUGUGAAAAAGUAUCGGAACAUUAUGCCCAAACCUGUCAUUGUAAUGCAAGCAAUGGCUCCACUGACUUCCCCUGCACCUCUUCUACAGACCAAAUCUCCUGACUGCUUAGACCGAGACAUUUUGUUAAAUAAUUCACUUACAAAUAAGUAUUUCAGCUCCAAGCAGAAUGAUAGUGCUUCCACUAAACCGGGUACUGUAUGCAAGAAUGGCUUUUCUGCCAUAAAAAAGCCUUGGCACAGAUGCCACAUCUGCAACCACCACUUUCAGUUUAAACACCACCUUCAGGACCAUAUGAACACACAUACAAACAGACGGCCAUACAGUUGCCGAAUCUGUCGUAAAGCAUAUGUGCACUCUGGAAGUCUCAGCACCCAUAUGAAGCUUCAUCAUAGUGAGAGUCGUCUCAAGAAGCUCAUGUAUUGUGAAUUCUGUGCAAAAGUGUUUGGUCACGUAAGGGUCUAUUUUGGCCAUCUGAAAGAAGUACAUAGGGUUGUGAUCAACACUGAACCUUCCACCAGUGAAUUGCCACAGGGCAAAGGGCCAAAGAAUCGAGAAAUAGGCUUAAGAGGAGCAGAAGAAUCAGUAGAGAGAGAAAACAGAUCGAGCCUCGAGGAGACCCUCUUUCCGGGACAGGCCAAUGAGGUCAAAUUGGACAUCAAGUGUGGCCGCUGUCAGGUCACUGCUCAGUCUUUUUCUGAGAUGAAAUUUCAUUUAUUAUAUGUGCACGGAGAAGACAUUCAAGGGAAACUAAAGGAGGGAAUCUUACCAGGCAGCAAAGGUACCCAGGAAGAAGUGGUAAAGCGAGCCGCUCAUUUCUGGAAACAGCACAGCGAGAGGAGAAGCCUGGUAAAGAGGGAUGCUUUGGAGGAGGAGGUGUAUGCAUUUCCCAUACAGCUCAAAAGGGAAAUCUACCUUCUCCAUCAGAAAAACCUGGAUGUAUUAACCAAGAGCGAGGAAGCUCCUUUGGGAGCCAGCGAACCAGGAAAGGCUCUGCCAAGCCCGGACUGUGCCACACCAUACAAGAUUCACGUCUGGUCUAAUCUGGGCUUUAACUGUCUUCUUUGUAAGCAGACACUUGAAAGGAAAGAAGAGCUUUUCCUUCAUUGGGAACAGCAGCACAACUGUGAAGACCCUUCUGUACUUUGGGCUCUUUUAAGUGCAUUAUCUUCACAGGGAGUGAUUGAACUUUCUAAUGAGUCUGAAAAAUGAAACUGGGGGCAGAGGGGAGCAGGACAUUGCAGGAAAUUUUUGCUCUGCCCUUCUCCCACAGAGUUUAAUAUUAUACUUGUGUCUCUUAAUGACAAAUCUGGGCCACACAAAAAAAAUGAAUAAAGGCAAAAUUUAUACAAUUUUGUUUUCUUAUGUACUACACAAGAAAUUCAGCACAGAAUUUUUGGAUUUGUAUGAGGAUGUGCUGUAAAAUGUCACUUAUUAUCCGAUAAAGCCUUUGACUCCUUAUCAGAAUAAAUAGAAAGACCAGACUAUGGAUACAAAAAUCAAGAAGAUUAUCGCAUCCGCUUAAAAUAUACUGUGCAAUAUGAACAUGCAUAUAUGGGUACCAUUUUUGUGUAAUAGCACACAAAUGCCUUCUAUUAUAUAGAUUGACAAAUCUGAUAACUUCCUAGACUGAAAACUUAAUUUCAGUCUCAAAAGUAGUACCAGGUUUUAUGGUAAUGAAUGUUGAUACGUAUUAAAUCCUUGGCUUUAUUUGAA